UCGGAAAUAAUCAUUCAUUUUCCUCCUCACUGGGACAAGUAUUACUGUUGCUUCGGUAGGAGAAGUUAACUAUAGGAAAGGUGAUUAAGUAAUCAUGGAAAGGGAGAGAAAAUACACCCAAUAAAGUGCUGCGGAGGAAUCUUUGUCAAGCUGUGAGGUGACGGCGUGCGAAGAAUGAAGGCGAUUCAGAGGGGCUGAGGGAAUUGUCUUCCGAGUGAAGGACUUUCAUUAGGCCCCUGCCCACCCCUGUCGUCAGCAGGGAAGAAGACAUAAAGAACUACCUAGGAACUCAACGCUUCUGCCCAAAAGAAUCACUUGCAACCCACUUUCAUCGAGCAAACAAGUUAGAUGGGCCAGGCCUAAUCUCGGCAGUAAGGAAAGAGAUGGAAAACUUGAUGACCAGUUCCACCCUGCCUCCCCUUUUUGCAGAUGAAGAGGGCUCCAAGGAGAGUAAUGACCUGACCACAGCUGGGUUAACCCACCCAGAAGUUCCAUAUAACAGUGGAGCCACCCCAUCCACCAACAAUCCAGAAUUUGUGGAGGAUCUCUCCCAAGGUCAGUUGCUUCCGACUGAGCCAUCAAAUACAGCAGACAGCAGUGAGCAGAGGCAUGAAGAUGAGCAAAGAAGUAAACGAGGUGGUUGGUCCAAAGGAAGAAAGAGGAAGAAACCCCUUCGAGACAGCAAUGCCCCCAAGUCCCCCCUUACAGGAUAUGUUCGCUUCAUGAACGAGCGUCGAGAGCAGCUUCGAGCAAAGAGACCAGAGGUCCCAUUUCCAGAAAUCACCAGGAUGUUGGGCAAUGAGUGGAGUAAACUGCCUCCUGAGGAAAAACAGCGCUAUCUUGACGAAGCCGACAAAGAUAAGGAGCGUUACAUGAAGGAGCUGGAACAGUACCAGAAGACUGAGGCAUACAAGGUCUUCAAUAGGAAAACCCAGGAUCGGCAGAAAGGCAAAUCUCACAGACAAGAUGCAGCCCGACAGGCCACUCACGAUCAUGAGAAAGAAGCAGAGGUAAAGGAACGAUCUGUUUUUGACAUCCCCAUAUUUACAGAGGAAUUCCUGAACCACAGCAAAGCCCGGGAAGCCGAGCUCCGCCAGCUUCGCAAGUCCAACAUGGAGUUUGAGGAGAGGAACGCAGCCCUGCAGAAGCACGUGGAGAGCAUGCGCACAGCCGUGGAGAAGCUGGAGGUGGAUGUCAUCCAGGAGCGGAGCCGCAACACAGUCCUCCAGCAGCACUUGGAGAGCCUGCGGCAGGUGUUGGCCAGCAGCUUUGCCGGCAUGCCCUUGCCAGGAAGUGGAGAAACACCUACAGUGGACACCAUUGAUUCGUACAUGAACAGACUGCACAGUAUUAUUUUAGCUAGUCCUCAAGAUAAUGAAAGCUUCAUAGCUACAGUUCGGGAGGUGGUGAACAGGCUUGAUCGUUAGGGAUGAUAUUCGAGCUUCAGGAUGUUCUCUAAGUCAUUUAACUUGUGAGGAAUGUGAAGCCAUCGAUGGAAAUCGGGACUAAAUGGGGGCUGGAAGGCUGUCCAGAUCAACUCUCCUUGGGAAGGAAUUGUCAGUGAGUUCAAUGCCUUCACCUCCGGAAGCCGUGCGAGGGAGCAGUGAAAGGAACCGGUGUGGGAACUUCCUGCGGAGCUGCCCUGGUGUGAAGCUUCGAAAGUGUACAGCCACGCUCCUGUUUUCAGUUUCUUAGCGUUUCCAUUCCCACUCAAGUGGAUUUGCAUAUAUUCUGCAGGCUUGGUGACCCUGAGACUGGUGUCUUCAGCAGGAAGGAAGACUCCCCAUUGUCCUGCUCCAGAUUGGACCCUUUAUCAGUGGAGCAGCUCCAGUUUUCUUACCUAGCUGUCACUUCUUUUUAAAUGCCUUUGGGGUUAUUUUUUGCUUCCCUUCGCUCCUACCAGCUAGACAUCUCCAUUUUCUGACCUCUGGGCUUUGUUCCUCAGUGGGGAUUGGAAGGAGUGUUCCUCUCAUUGGACAGGCCCAAUCUUCUCCCAUCAUCGCCCUGCUGUGACUCCAGAGAAAGAGCCUUCGUGGUGACAAUGCCCUGUGGAGCCAGGCUGUGUCUCCUACCCCACACAGUGCUCUGUGGGUGCCAGCCCUCACUGGGGCUUUGUGAUAGCUGCCCUGGAGGAGAAUGCUCUUUCCUUCUUCCGCAGUGCUACCCGCUGUUCUGGAAGCAUUG